AUGAGCUUCACUCGAAUCAUUCGAGACUUGAGCGUGCGUGCCUUGGCCGUCCUUGACUUAGUAGGGACGCGUUUUAGGCAAUCUAACCAUGUCUGGCGCCGUGGGAAAGGAAAGGGAAUAUCAACAAUUGUAUUGGGCGUUUUCGGGCUGAUAGUCCUCGGGCUCAUUAUUGGAGUAGCGCAUAAGUCUAACGAAGAUCUUGACUUCCUUGACUAUGAUGGCGGCGCUCCAGGUGUGGACUAUGCCUAUGAAGAUUUAGGCGGCGACGCAAGCUAUGAGCCGCCAGCAGAUGAGGAGGUCGGUAGAAAACCCGAUGACCCGCAGGUUUCAGAAGCAACAAAAAAGGCUUUUAAAGAGGUUUUGGAUGCCAUUCAGGCAAACUCGCCUGAGGGCCAAUUGCAGGUGUCGAAAGGCAGCGAAUGUAACCUUAUGGAUAUUGGCGUCACCGAUACCUCAAAGUUUGAUAGGCUAACGAAAGAGUCGUUAGAGAAGUGUCUUCAAAUUCCCGAAGAAAUGACAAAAACACUGCACGAGGCUCAUAAAAAAUUCAGGGCCGCUAUCGGUGAGAAACUAAUGCCAAUGUUCCGCAAAUUGGAUACUCCGGCCUUUAGUGGCGAUGGUAUAUUGAUUGUUGGUGGUGGGAAAUAUUCUGUAUUUGCGUUACCCGCUAUCAAAGCUAUAAGAGAGAACAGUGGAUUCAAGCUUAAAAGUUCCAUCCCAAUCGAGAUUAUAAUUCCUCCAAGUGACAAAGCGGAUAGAGGUUUCUGUGAUAACGUCUUGCCCAAAGUUGACCCCUUGGGUCUAACCAAAUGUGUCUUUUUAGAUGAAAUGUUUGAUGCUGAUACUUUGUCGCACAUAGAAGGCUACCAAAUCAAAGCUCUAGCUUUGUUGGUUUCUAGGUUUGAAAGAGUGCUAAUGCUUGACGCUGACAACUACGUGGUGAACUCUAUCAAUGAUUACUUCACCAGUUCAGCUCUAAAUGAUAAGGGUCUUAUCUUGUGGCCAGAUUAUUGGCGCCGCCUGCAUCAUCCCAAGUUGUACGGAAUUGUGGACCUUGGGGUAUCUCCUGAUCACAUCUCAAGGUAUUCUGUUGACGACGUUUCGCCCGAUUACAUGUACAAAAAGAGUGUAACAGACACACCGUUUCACGACUUUAGGGACGCGCUUCCUGAUGGGGGGACUGAGUCAGGCCAGCUUUUGGUCGACAAAAAGAAGCAUCUGGAUUCCAUAAUAAUGAGCUUGUACUAUAACUAUAACGGCAAAUCUUACUACUACCCAAUUCUGGGACAAGGAUUUGCUGGCGAGGGUGAUAAAGACACUUUUGCGUUGGCAAGCAGGGUCAUGCAUGGACCCGGCUCCUUUUAUCAAGUCAAGACCCCAGUUGAUACCCUAGGUCAUUGGGCCGAUGCCAAAGAUGAAAUUAGGCUAUUAGAAGAAGAGUACGAGAAUGUUGAGAAAAAGUUUAGAGGGUGCGCAAUGCUUCAACACGAUUACAUCGAGGACUCCAAAUUCUCAUCAUUAGCAAGGGAGGUUCUAGGCAAUACGAUCAGAAAUAAUGAGGAAAAGUUUUGCGAUGAAUGGGCUGCGAAGAACAAAGGCAAGUUCAGUGCUGAGGAGAAAGCACGCAGAGAAGAGUGCAAAAAAAGCAAGGAGGUUCAGGAUGCACUCCAUGAGAAAAUGAGGGCCUCUUACAAACUCGAUGAUUAUCUGGCUUUCUUCUCGUUUACUGGGGUAUCAUUUGUUCACUCGCACUUGCCCAAGUAUGACCCAUGGGAGUGGUACGAGAAUGGAGAUAUGAUGUUUGACGGGAAGAAAGCGAAAAAAAACCACAAGAAUGAUCCUGACUACGUUCCAGCUCACUCGGGAAACUACCGCAUGUAUGACUCCAAAUUUAACCAAAUUUCUUCCUACGAUUUAGAGUUGGCAAACUGGUCUGCAUUCAAAAGUUAUCUAUGCGACUUGGAAGGUGGUUACAAAAAUUUCGGGUACCUUUCUAACAAGAUAGAUUCCACCAAAUCCCCAAAACAAAGCAACAAAGACAUGUGCAAGUACAUUGAAGAGAGAGUUGAGUACUUAAAGAGCACUUCUUGGAAUGAUUACGAUGUGUAA